AUAACUUGUCAGUUGAGAAGAAAUGUUCGACGUGGGAGGUUAUGCCUGUUGUUUGUUUAUCUAACGGUUUGUUGACAAUCUAAACUCGUGAAAUUUUGUGAACUUUUUGUUAAAGUUUAAUACGUGUUUGCAAGAAUGGCUUCACAGCCAGAAGUCGGUGUGUCCGACUUCGUCCUGCUGGACAACCUGACCACGGAUAAAUUCAUUGAGAAUUUGCAUUUGAGGUUCCAACACAACAAGAUCUACACGAACAUCGGGGAAGUUCUGGUCUCCGUGAACCCCUAUAAGACCCUGGACAUCUAUGGAGCCGCCACCAUGAUGCAGUACCGCGGCCGCGAGAUGUUCGAGGUUCCGCCACAUGUGUAUGCGGUUGCGGAUGCCUGCCAGCGGGUGCUGAGGCAACAGGGUCGAGACACGUGCGUGCUGAUCUCGGGAGAGUCCGGCUCGGGCAAGACCGAAGCCUCCAAGUUCAUCAUGAAGUACAUCGCAGCGAAUACUACAGAGAACCAGAGGGAAUACAUUGACAGAAUAAAAAACGUCCUAAUCCAGUCGAACGCCAUCCUCGAAACGUUCGGCAACGCCAAAACCAACCGGAACGACAACUCGUCUCGCUUCGGAAAGUACAUGGACAUCCACUUCUCUGCGGGCGGCGACCCGGCCGGUGGCCACGUCAGCAACUACCUGCUGGAGAAGAGCCGCGUGGUCGCGCAGCAGCCGGGCGAGAGGAACUUCCAUGCUUUCUACCAGCUGCUCUCCUCAAGCAAGGCGUCGAAGCUGGGCCUGUCCUCGUCCACUCAGUACCAGUUCCUGGGCCCCGGGCGCCCCACCAGCCAGGACGGGCAGCUGUUCGCAGCCACUAACAGUGCCUUCAACGCGCUAGGGUUCCCGCCAAGAGUGGUCGACGAGAUCUGGAGUAUAGUUGCUGCGGUUGUGUUGUUGGGAGAAUUAACCUUCUCCGAGACCCCAGACGGCAACCUCCACAUCGGCGGGCCGCUCUCACAAUGCGUCUCAUCUCUCGGCAUCUCUUCCUCUUCUCUCCAAGCGUGCAUGGCGGGGCGGGUUCUGUGCGCGGGCGGCGAACUGGUCAGCAAGCAACACUCGCUGCACGACGCCGCCGCCACGCGCCACGCGCUCGCCAAGGCCGCCUACGACCGGCUCUUCGCGUGGAUCGUGCAGCAGAUAAACAAAGCGAUCGACGUCCCGUCCGGCACGCACGCGAGCUCCGUGAUCGGCGUGCUGGACAUCUACGGCUUCGAGAUCUUCGACACCAACAGCUUCGAGCAGUUCUGUAUUAACUACUGUAACGAGAAGCUGCAGCAGCUGUUUAUUGAACUAGUGCUCAAACAAGAGCAAGAAGAGUACUCCCGCGAGGGCAUCACGUGGACGCCGGUCGCGUACUUCAACAACCGCGUCAUCUGCGAGCUCGUUGAUGCGCCGCACCAGGGGAUUAUUGCCAUCAUGGACGAGGCCUGCCUCAAUCCUACUAAGAUAUCUGACAGACAGCUGCUAGAGGCGAUGGACAAGCGUCUCAGCGGACACAAGCACUACACGUCGAGACAACUCGCGCCGACGGAUAAGAAACUGCAGCACGGGGUCGACUUUAGAAUCACCCACUACGCAGGCGAAGUGACCUACGCAAUCACAAACUUCAUGGACAAGAACCAGGACUCUCUCUGGCAGGACCUGAAGCGGCUGCUGCACUCGUCCACUAAUGCUUCACUGAAGGACAUGUGGCCGGAGGGCGGCACCACUAUACAGAAGACCUCCAAACGUCCACCAUCAGCCGCGACCCUGUUCCGCAACUCGAUGCAGGCGCUGGUGCAGGGGCUGCUCAGCAAGGAGCCCUUCUACGUGCGCUGCGUCAAGCCCAACCCGAGGCAGGCGCCGAAUAGCUGGGAUGAGCAGCUGGUCCGCCACCAAGUGUCCUACCUCGGCCUGGUCGAGAACGUGCGUGUGCGACGCGCCGGGUUCGCUUCCCGGCAGCGCUACGACCGCUUCCUGCGCCGCUACAAGAUGCUGUCUCAGUACACGUGGCCGAAUUAUAGAGGGACUAGUGAUAAGGAGGCUGUGCUGGUGUUGUUGAGAGAUUUGGCGGUUACUGACUUCCAGGCCGGACAUACGAAGCUGUUUAUCAGGAGCGCUAAAACGGUGCACCAGCUCGAGACAGCCCGGGCCGAGCUGAUCCCCUCGAUAGUGGUGCUGCUGCAGAAGCUGUGGCGAGGCGCGCUGGCGAGGCAGCGGUAUCGGAAGAUGAAGGCCGCAUUGCGCAUCUUCCAUGCUUGGAGACGCUACCGCAGCCGCCGCUACAUCGCCGAGCUACAAACCGAACUAGCCCGCAACCGCGGCCUCAUCCGGCACUGGCCGCCCCCGCCGCGCGGCGCGCGCGUCGCCUGCCUGCCGCCCGCCUACCGACGCUGGAGGGCUUACCUCACGCUCAAGCCUAUACCGAGGGAUCAGUGGCCACAACUAAAGAUGAAGAUCUGCGCGGCGAGUGCCCUGAAGGGGCGGCGGCGCGAGUGGGGCGCGCGGCGGCAGUGGCUCGGGGACUACCUCGCACAAGACAGCUAUAAUAGUAAAGCAGUAGUACCUAAUAUGGAGCCUGUGCCGGGCCCGAGUCAUGGGUCGGUCCCUGUGCCAGACCGGGACGGAGGCACCCCCCCGCGCCGCCGCCGCCGCCGUCGCCGCGUCAGCAGCAGCAGCAGCUCCAGCAGCUGCUCGUCCAGCUCCAGCGACACGUGCUCGUCUGCGAAACGCAGCAAGCGCUCCCGCCGGCACCGCCGUAAGAAGAGUAAGCACGAGAGUCGUACUGAUCAAAGGAUGGAUCAGCUGUUCAAGGAACUGGCGACAUACAGAGCCGCCCUAUCCUCCCUCCAAAGGACGCACAACAUCGUCCCCCUCUUCUCGUGCCGCGUGCACAAGUUCAACAAACACAACAAGCUGGCGGCGCGGUGCGUGCUCGUCACCGACUCGCUGCUGUACAAGCUCGAUGAUGUGACGUUCAAGCCGCUGAAGAAGCCUACGGAGAUUACUGAGAUCGGCGCAAUCCGCAUAAUGUCAUCAGACGCUCAACUGGUGGUGAUCUCCGUGCCUCGAGCCAAGAACGACCUCGUGGUGGGUCUGGUGGGACAAGACGACUUGGUGGGCGAGCUAGUCGGCGUGCUGACCAACAGAUACACCGCAUUAACAAACGCCUCCCUGCCCGUGGAAGUAGAGUCAGGAGUCAGCACCCGCUGCACGCUGGGAGGCCGCGCCCGCGCACUACAGCUCCCCGCGUCCGUCGAGCCUGCCGGUGGGACGCCCUUUACGCACCAACACAACGUCAUCACUUACCACCCACACUCGGCUACUGCGUAGAGAGGGUAGAGAAUGGUGGUGGAACAGAGUAGAGCGGUUGACGAAACCUGUAAUAAGGUUAGUUGUAUAGUAUAACCCCCUUAUUCAUAAAAAAGUUACUGGACACUUUAGCUAUGGAACUGUUCUGUCACUCUCUGACAGAGAACAAUUUGUUCUUUGACAGAGAGGGACAAAACAGUUCAAUAGCUAAAGCAUCCACUAACUUUUUAUGGAUAAGGGGGUCCAGAUUUAAAAAGAUGUAGUUUUUAGAAUUGAAAAAGAUAUACUUACGUAAAUAAACUUUUUCACGGGAAAAAGUUUGAAGGUGAAGUGAAACUCGCAGCAACAAUGAAGUAGAUACACAAAUUCUAAUUUGAAUGCUGUCAAACUAUAAAUUUUGCCAUUUACAAAUGAGAUGCUAAUAAACACUCAUAGAGUCGAGUUUUAAACAAAGAAAUUAAGAUUUUGUGCCUUCAGAAUCGACAUAAAUGAGUUCAUACAUAAAAUAAAAUAAUAAUAUCUUACAAACAGACAUAAAAACUAUUUGUAUAUACGGUAUUCCUACUCAUAUUUUAAGGGCGGAUUUUUCAAUAGUUAGAUGAUUUUGUUGAGUGAACAAUUUUAAUGUUGUCAAUUCUUAAUACAUGUAUUAUGAAAUAUUUUAUUGAAAAAUCAGCCCCUACCAAUUAAAGCAUAGAAUAUUUCAAUUUGCAUUUGAAAUUGUAUUUACUUAAAACUUUAAGACUGUAAGAUUGUAGAUUUGCAUUUUGAAAUUAAUAUAUUAAUAAAAUGAAAGUUAUUAUUUUCUACUUAACUAUGUGCCUAGUAAUAGUGCCUACAUAUUUACCUACUUUAAGCAAUGUUGUAAAGUCUUACUUUUUAGUAAGGUGUUAUAAAUUCAAUACAAAUAUAUUGUAAUUUGUGGCAUCAAACUGAGGGAUUAAUUUGAUUCGGAUUUCGUUCGAUAAAUGACGUGAUCGAAGGUUAUAUAUAUCCGAAGAUAUCUAUGUUUCAUUAAAAACGGUUCAGCCGAUACAGUAACUAUCGUAUGGAUUGCUGGUCAAAUUUGGAAAAUAAUGCUGUUUAAGUAAUUAACUUAUUGAUAGUAUUAUAUCUUAGUGUUUAGAGUGAGAGAUAAAUCUUGGUUUUGUUUCCGUUAUAUUUUUUUAAGUAUUUUUAUUUGUCAAUUUGUUAUUUUGGCAUUAAAUUGGUUUAUUUUUAAAACCUCUUGUGAAAUACAUCACAUUGUAUAUGUACAUAAUUUAAUUGGUAUGUUAUUAUAUUAUGAAAUCACCAAUAAUAAUAAUGAUGAUGAUAUCGCAUUUAAUAAAUUCAAAUUUCAAUAUGUUUUUUAAUAAAUUUAAUAUUUUUAACUAAUUUUCCAUUUACGUUUUUACACCCUAUUACUUUUCCAUGUGAUGAUGAAAUAUCCGUUACGUACAAAAUGAAGCAGUGAUUAUUUUUAUAUUUAUUUAGUUAAGAUCAGUAUUAAGAAUGUUUUAUAUGCUUUUAUGAAUCGAUAAAGUACGACAAUUCCCAAAAACGUUUUAAACGUCAGUAGUACAACACAUUUUGUAAAAAAAUUAAACAAGUUAAUACAUACCAACAACCUUUGACAAGAAAUGUAUAAUACGCCAUGUUUAUAGCAACAACUAUUGCAUGUAAGUAAUAAAAUAUUUGAAAAAAAAUUGCUACUUAUUACAAAUUGUUCUAGGAUAUUUUUUUUAUAUUCGAAAACGUAAAUUGUCGAUUCAUAAAUAGUCAAUUUGUUUUAUUUUUAACAACGACCACUUAUCGUUGAGUGCUAAUAUCUAGUAAUAGUGAUAUGUAUAUAGAUGUAACCAUUUAUUAAUUUGUUAUUAGUAUGUUAGUUGUAAAAAACUAGGACCGAGGGAUUCUGUCUGUGCCUUGAAACGGUGCCAUGAUUUGUAUUGAAUACAGGAUUGUACGAAUA